GACCGGCUAAUAAACACUCAAGUGGGCGAGUCGCCUCCCUGCCUCCCUCCUCUCUCCCUAACCUCUUCUCUUUCAACUCCUCAUUCUCCUCAGAAGCAUAACCGCCAGGACCCCGAGAGCUGCUGAGCGCUGCGGAUUCCACGCAGGACCCUCAGCUGUGGGCUGUGUUCUCCCAGCUUCAGGAUGGCCUGCCCCAUGCGUCUGGUCCUCCUCCUCGUCUUCUUGCUGAGUCUGGCAGAGACACCAGAAGCUGCGCCUGUUCACAGGGGACGAGGAGGCUGGACCCUCAAUAGCGCUGGUUACCUCCUGGGUCCUGUCCUCCACCUUCCCGCAAAGGCGGACCAAGGCAGGAAGAGGGACUCCGCUCUUGAGAUCCUAGACCUGUGGAAGGCUAUGGAUGGACUCCCUUAUUCCCGCUCUCCAUGGAUGACCAAGAGGGCGCUGGUAGAAACAUUUGUCAAACCCAGGAUUGGAGAUCUGCAUGUACUGGACAGGGACAUUCCCAGCGAAGAGGCUGCCCUGCCCUAGAGUCAUAGAGACUUAACCACACCUCACCCCUCAUUCUUUUCCAGCUCAUUCUGCCCCCACAACCCUCCACCCCCACCAAGCCCCCUCAGUGCCCUGAGACUAAGACCCUAUAUCCCCAAAUCUCACUAAAACAUGUUGUAAUAUUUAAAGAAUUAUGUUGACAUAAA